GAUCAAUCCUGCGGAGCUCACCGCCGACCGCAUCGAACCCACACUGCUAGCAUAGGAAGCUCCUGCUGGCCUCGGAACCCCCUUUAUCGUCUAGGCCACCUCAUCUUUACUCGUGCAUACUGGCUGCCAAGCAGCAACUGCACGCGCCGUAUUUCCUCCAAUCCGCGUGUCGCUCCCGCCUCAUUGGCCGAAACCCGCCACUGGUGCAGCAGUCGACGUCAUAAUUAGAUUGGCUCGCGACCGCACAAGUUCAACUGCCACUGACUCCGAUAAUGCUACGUCACUCGCUCCGCUCCUCCGCCUCCGCCCUGCAGCAGCGCGCAUCACCAGUUGCUGCACGUGCACUGAGCUCUUCGGCCGCCAAUGCCGAGUACGACUACGUGAUCGUUGGCGGCGGCUCGGCCGGCUGUGUGCUGGCAAACCGAUUGACCGAGGACCCGAACAACAAGGUGCUCCUGGUCGAGACGGGCCCCGACGACCGCACUAAAUGGGACUCUUGGAAGAUCCACAUGCCCGCUGCACUCACGUACAACUUGGCCAACGACAAGUACAACUGGUACUAUUUCACGGAACCCCAGAAACACCUGAAUAACCGCCGUCUGCCUUGGCCGCGCGGCCGCGUGCUCGGCGGUUCGUCGUCUCUAAAUGCCAUGGUCUACAUCCGCGGCCACGCGUAUGACUACGACGACUGGCAGGAGAGCGGCGCCGACGGCUGGAGCUACGCCGACUGUCUGCCUUACUUCCGCAAGGCGCAGAACCACGAGCUGGGCCCGGACGACUACCGCGGUGGCGACGGCCCGUUGCACGUCAUCCGCGGCAACCAGAAGGACCAGGUUCUGUUCAAAAAGUUCAUCGAUGCUGGUGUUCAGGCUGGUUAUCCCUUCACGGAAGACAUGAACGGAUACCAACAGGAAGGCUUCGGCUGGAUGGACAUGACGGUCUGGAAGGGAUUCCGCUGGAGCACAGCCUCCGCUUACUUGCGUCCGGCCAUGAAGCGCCCCAACCUCACAGUCGUCACGGACACUUUUGUGAGUAAAGUGGUGUUUGAAGGCAAGAAGGCCGUCGGUGUGGAGACUGAGAACCGUAAGAACAAGACGACCAAGCAGGUUCGUGCUGCCAAGGAAGUCAUCUUGUCUGGGGGUGCCAUCAACUCGCCUCAACUGCUCAUGCUCUCGGGUAUCGGUGAUGCCGAUCACUUGAAGGAAGUCGGUGUGCCAGUGGUGCAGCACCUGCCAGCGGUGGGUCAGAACAUGGAGGACCACUUGGAUUUGUACGUCCAGUACAUGUGCAAGAAACCCAUCACGCUACACAACGCAACCUGGAAGUACCCGCACAAGAUGGUUGCUAUUGGUCUAGAGUGGAUCUUCCGUCAGACUGGCAUGGGAGCAUCUUCUCACCUCGAGUCGGGUGGCUUCAUUCGCAGCGCCCCCGGCAAGCGUCACCCUGACCUGCAGUACCAUUUCCUGCCUGGUUCACUGACUGGCCAACUGACCCCUGGAGCUUACCACGCCAUGCAGGCUCACUGCUCGCCGAUGCGCGCUCAGAGCCGCGGCUGGCUGAAGUUGCGCAGCAACAACCCGCACGAACACCCGAUCAUCGAGCCCAACUACUUGAGCGAGGAGCAGGAUCUCGUGGACAUGCGCAAUGGUGUGAAGCUCACGCGUGAGAUUCUGGAGCAGCAGACGCUGGACGAGUACCGUGGCGACCCGAUCUCACCGUCCAAGGACGUCCAGACUGACGCCCAGAUCGACGAGUGGAUUCGCCAACACACCGAGAGCGCCUACCACCCGUCGUGCACGAACCGUAUGGGUGUGGACGAGAACACGGUCGUUGAUCCUCAGACGCGUGUGCACGGUGUUGAGAACUUGCGUGUUGUGGAUGCGUCUAUCAUGCCCAACAUAGUGAGCGGCAACCUGAACGCACCGACGAUUAUGAUUGCUGAGAAGGCUGCCGACAUUAUCCUCGGCAAGACUCCUCUGCCCAAGUCUACGGCGCCGGUGUAUCAGCCGAAGAACUGGGAAACUAGCCAGAGAUAAGCUACAAGGGCUUCUGUUCGUUUCUUGCGAGGGUGGAACAAAAUCAAGUCCUCGGAUAGCAGUAGAAUGGUGACGUAGCUAUAUCAAACCAAUUUAAACCGACGUCAAAUGGAAAGUAAUUUUCAGUCUACCUUCCUUUUGCGCUUGGUUCCUGAGGAGCUUUGCACAGU